UUGUUUCUAUAUGAAAAAUAUAUAAUUAUUAUUUUGUGCGCAAUUUAACACACAAAUAUUUCGAACUAUGUGUUUUUGUGCAAUGAAUACCAAAUUUAACAAAACCGUGUUGCAAGUUAUUUAUCCCCGCAACCAUUGCCCUACUGUUGCUUCAAUAUAAAACAUUUAAUAAGUACAUACUACAUGUUAAAACACACAAUUGCCUAGUUUCAAAAUAGAUUUCGGUUGUACAAGUGUAUAAAAAUAAAACAAAUACGAUAGAUGAGUUUAUAUGUACUUAUAUAUGUACAAUUGCAUUCAUCAACGGUUUGAUCAAAAAUCAUGCUGGCCAACUCAUGCUGCGGUUGGAAAAAAUACGAAACUUAUGAUCAAUAUCAUAGAUCCCUAAAUAAAAAGACUCGACAAUACACAUCAGAUACAACAGUUCACAUAGAAGUGCACUCCAACAAAACUGAGAUUCCAGGUUCUUACAGAUUUAAUUUUUACUCAAAAAAAAAUAGGCGAAUGAAUAUUCUUGGACAUAUGAGAUGCAAUUUCCGUGUAACACGAUAUGUGACGGUCACCGUACUUUUAAUAUUAGCGACUGUAGUCAGUGCCUAUGAUCAACAAGAAAUUAAAAGCUUUAGUAAUUCUUCCAACGGCGAUAGUCCGGAAAUGGUUUUGUUGAGUAAAAAUGGUUCUUCACUAUCGGAGGAGGAUAAAAUGAAUGAAAAUACGGGAAUAUUCAAUAUGAAAGUACAAAGUAAACUGGGGAAAAAAAGUUCCCCUUCAGCAAAGGUAUCAGAGUACGGAGAUCUAUCAAGAGGACAAAGUGUAUCUAUGUAUCGCAAUACCUUAAUUAAUAUAGAAAGUAUGUUACAACGUCAGUUGCGUGAGAAAGCAAAAGUGGAUAGUAUAGAAUCGAUUAAAAUGCACAUACUUAUGCGCUUGAAUUUAAAAAAACUUCCCAAUAUAACAAAACCAAUUUCGGUACCACAAAAUAUAAUAGAUAACUUUUAUAAAAAUUAUAAUGGAUCCUCAAAAAAUAAAGUCUGGAAUCGCAUGGAAAACAAUGACGAAUCUCACUUAUCUAUAAAUGACACUUAUGGCGGCCACAUCAUGGCUGAUUUUUUUGAUGAAAGUUCAUCCGCCCAGAUGCAGGGAGAUGAUGCUAACACUGUUAAUGAAUUUCUAAUAGAUUUGAAUAAAAAUCAAGCCAAAAAAUCGGAUAUUCCCAUUAAGACCAACGAUGAGGAUUACGAAAGUAUUUUAUCACACAUCAGCAGUAUAUACAUCUUUCCUGAAAAAAUUCAACCUCAUGUUCGACACAAUCGCAAGGUCGAUGUAUUUCGAUUUCAAAUAGACAGUAGCUACACUGAUUUGUCUUACGCUACCCUUCAUCUAUAUUUACGUGGUUGGGAUUGGAUAAGUACUCAUCAGCCUGGGCUUAUUGAAGAAAUUAAAAAACAGCCUUGUAAAGAUAUUGUUGUGACUAUUCACCGCGCUAUUAAGCUUGCAAAUUCAACAAGCUUUACUUCUAAAGUCAAAAUGUUUGAGUUUCGGCAAAGUAUUCCGUCAGGACUUGGACAAUGGGUUACUGUGGACUUAAAGUCUCUGCUUGGUAAUCUUGGGUCAAAUAUGACGCAGGAAAUUCUAAUAAAGGGCGCAGAAACCUGGAUGAAGACAUUAGUGGUGACCACUGAUAACACAACGAAAAAUCCAUUGACUGUUCACAUCGAAAUUGGGUCACAAAAAAAGCAUCGGAGAAAGCGCAGCGUAUAUAUGGACUGCACAGAAAAUGAUCAUGACAUGCGAUGUUGUCGAUAUCCCCUUAAAGUUAACUUCACCAGUUUUGGAUGGCAUUUCGUUGUAGCCCCAACGUCCUUUGACGCAUACUUCUGCAGCGGUGAUUGUAAAGUUGGUUACCUAGAGCAAUAUCCCCAUACACAUUUAGCAGCCUUAACGACAUCGGCCACACCGUGUUGCUCGCCGACAAAAAUGAGUUCCUUAAGUUUGUUAUAUUUUGACGAUAACCAUAAUCUGGUUUUAAGUGUUAUACCAAAUAUGUCUGUCGAGGGUUGCAGCUGUUCUUAGCGAAUAAUACAUACGGAAUGUAAAUAAAUAUACGUAAAAGUAAUAUUAAUCUGUUUGAGAAUGCUAGUAUAACGUAUAUUUCCCAGAUUUUCAUUAAAAAAUACAUUUAUUAACCGUGAAAUAUGUCAGAUUGCUGAUAAUUCCGAGUGUUACAUUAAUAAAUAGAUCGCAAUUAAACAGUAAAUAAAAACAUUUUAAAAUAAUAUGUACGAAUUAAGAAUUAAGCUUAUAAGAGAAAUAUAAAACCAAACACUA